UGAAGUAAAUUGAAUAGAUAUUAUUGAGGUCAUUUAACGCUUCAGCACCAGUUUGUGAAUUAACGCAGCUCAGUGCUGAAGUAAUACACAAAAUCAAAGCAACGAUAGCAACGCUCAAAUGUCGCAAUUGAAUAUACGGCCACUACCAGAAAAUCUACAAAAAGUGGCAAUCGAGGAGCUGCAUGAGCGACCGGAGCGCCUACAAGAGGAUCUACAGGCGUUGAAGAGUUGGGCCGACAAAGAGCCACAUUUGAAUGUACGUCCCGAUGAUCAGCUGUUGGUAGGAUUUCUACGUGGUUGCAAAUUCAGCCUAGAAAAGGCCAAGUCAAAGCUCGAUUGGUUCUAUACAUUGAAAACUAAGUAUCCUGAUUUUUACACCAUAUCCGAUGUGAAUGAUCCGACUGUACAGGAGCGCUUGCGUUAUGGCUCUGGUUCGCUACUACCUACGCCAUUGCAUGACACUGGUCCACGAAUUAUGUUUAUACGCGCCGGCAGUUAUCCACCCGAUAAGUAUACGUUUAAGGAAAUAAUGGCAGUAGCGCAUGCGCAACAAGAACUAUGGAUACGCGAAGAUGAUUAUGCGGCUGUAAAUGGUUUCAUUGAUGUCUUGGACGUAUCACGUCUAACGGCAGCGCAUUUGGCACAACAUACGCCAACUGUUGUUAAGAAGAUGUUAGUUUUUGCCGAACAAGCGAUACCUUUGCGACAACGUGCCACGCAUUUCAUUAAUAUACCAGCAGGCUUCGAAAAGGUAUUCAAUAUGCUUAAACCGCUGAUGCCAGCCAAGCAGCAGGAGCGUCUUCAUUUACAUGGCAACAAUUUAGAGUCACUGUAUGCGCAUAUACCACAAAAAUAUUUGCCCAAAGAAUAUGGUGGUGAAAAUGGUUCUAUUGAAGAGAUUACAGAGCUCUCAGUACAAUUCUUCUUGGAUAGACGUGAUUACUUUAUAGAGGAUCAUAAAUAUCGGAAUAAUGAGAAGUUGCGUGUUGGCAAGCAGCCAGACUUUGAUAGUAUAUUCGGCAUGGAUGGCACAUUUCGAAAGUUGGAUGUGGAUUAAUCGAAAAAAAACUAUGCCGAAUGGUAGUGGAUAGUGGAUAGGUUUAUGAGAGAAUUUUCGGACUUACAAGUAUAUGUAAAUGGUGGAGAUAUACAGAUUAAUAAAGCAAAGCAAAGAUGAGUGAGUUUGUUUAAUUUAAAAAGUUAUCAAAUAUUGACAUUUGACUUGUUUGUGCGAGGCCUUUUGCUGCCAGAAAUACACUCGUAGUUUUGUAACUGCCUGCCGAGGUGAAAGCUCUAUUAGAAUAAAACAAACGUGUACGUGGUCGGAACAGCAAUUGACACAAGGUCGAACUGGGGAAGCACACAUGUCUAACCACUAGGCUAAGGCGGCCGCUAAUACUUUUAUUCAGCUUUCUUUAAAGUAAUAUCUUAAAUUUUGAUUGGUUGAUAUUUAAAAUAUUGUAAUCAAUGAGCAUUAAGAAAACUAAUAAAAUUAAUCUUAUAAUUUGUGCAAUUCGAGACCAUUUAAAAAAGUACCUGCUCAAAACAUCAUAUUUCGUUUUUUAUAUUACGUAUAGAGUUUUAUUUGUUUUAUGUCAUUGUACAGCUCAUACGAAACUGUCGUAUAUUUGUAUUUGUAGGUACUAA